AGACAAGCAAAGGUUGUCGGUGCGGGCUCACUAUUUGGCAAGGCACCCAGGCAAGCAGCUGCAGCAGCAUCCGGUGCACCGACUCCCAUAUCUCGUCACCUCCAGCGGGACUACUCGGUCUUCAAACAUGCCCUCACCGAGGACGAUAACCAUCGUGGCGCUCUCCUUCGCCCUCGGCUUGUUCUUCGUCUUCAUGGGGACCAUUAAGCUGACACCGAGGCUCAGCAAAGACGCGUACAGCGAGAUGAAACGGGCGUACAAGAGCUACGCCAAAGCUUUGCCGGGCCUGAAAAAGAUUGGGAUCACCUCCGUGCUGCUCCGCAAGAUCAUCGGCUCCCUGGAGGUGGCCUGCGGCGUGGUCCUCACCCUAGUGCCCGGCCGACCAAAGGACGUGGCCAACUUUGUACUCCUGCUGGUCAUGCUGGCUGUGUUGUUCUUCCACCAGCUUGUAGGGGACCCGCUCAAGCGCUACGCCCACGCGCUGGUCUUCGGCAUCCUGCUCACCUGUCGGCUGCUCAUCGCCCGACAGGGCGACGAGCGACCGGAGAGAGAGGAGAGUAGGGAAGAGCAGCAGCCUCUUCAUCAGCAACACGUCAACGACCAAGAAAAGAAUAAGGUCAAGCAGUCUUAGAAGCAUUUUUUUAAGAGCAAGAAUGAAGGGAGUCAGUCAUUGAUAUUUUUUAAGGCAUAUUUGGAACUGUUGGCCAGUCAUCUCCUGACUGUGGAUUCCAGCUCAUCUUGUACCAUUCCUAAUACAGUGCAGUGUUCCCCAGAUUUAUUUGCGUACCUCCCAACUAUAGUAGGAACCAUCCGCAGUCCCUAGAACAUUUUAGGGGGCUAAUGACUUCAUUUUGAAUGAAUGGGAAUUACUCAUUCGAGAUUGUCUUUCACUGGACAUAAUCUUAUUUAAGGCAUAUCCGCACUAUUUGAAGAAGUUUUCAGAUCCUAUUCUAAGAAUUAAACAUCCAUGUUUGGCUGAUCAUUCCCGCCUUUUUAGUAUUUACAGAAUUGUGCAUGCUCCCGAAUUGUCCUAUUUCCCGUGUUAAUACACUAUAUUUUAUUUAUUGUCAAAAGGAAUUUUGACAUUUGUGCGUGUUGGUUCUCUGUCAGAGGAGUACUCUAUUGCGAUUUUUGUUUGGUGCGUGGAGGAUUCCCCCCCCCCCCAAUGGAAAUUUCUCUGAAAUGCUCGAAUAAAAACACAGUUAAAUAUU